AGUUUUGAAAACUGGUGAGCCGCCAAGCAGCUGGGGAAACGCGAAUUGAUUCUCACCUCAAGAGGACUUGUAUAAUCACGAUUAUACUGCAGGAUAAAAAUGGCCGCAAAAGAACAUCACAAAAGUUUUAACGAGCUGGUUGAUGCCCCUCUCCCGAUCACCCACCCAAGACCCGUCAGCUUCAAGAAAACCAUAGAGCAUAUUGAAUUUGAUCUUGCGAACCAACCUGUCGACCCUUGUAAGAGGGGGCCAGAUUCAACGAUAAAUUACACAGAUCUUUACCUAGCCUCAACAUACAUUAAUGAUGCAAGAUACGCCCGCAGCUAUAAACAUAAAGUUGAGCAGGAGUAUUUAAAAUAUUAUGCAUUAUACAACACAGCCUUCUUGACAUAUGCUCUUUAUUUUUUCCUGUUUUUAAAUUUGUCUUUGGCCCUUUUUGAGGAACCGGCCGUUAAUAAUCUAAGUUUGCCAUAUUGGUCCACCAUGCUUAUGGAGUUGCUGUGCUUGGGAUAUUUCACGUUUCGUCUUGUUCACUCAAAAAAGUUUUCUUCAGGGCUUCGCUGGUGGACAGAUACAAAGCAUCUAAUAACUGUUAGUAUUAUACUGUUAACAUGCAUAGAUAUCAUUCUAUACAUCAUUUUGAAAGAGGCUUGUAAUAGCUGUACUGUUGUCCGAUGGUCAAGGUGUCUUCGGCCACUCUUUCUGGUCAAUUUCACUGAGAUGAGACAGCUUCGUCGUAGUUUUCGCAACAUACGCCGUACCUUGCCAGAGAUAUUUUACAUGCUAAUCUUGCUCUUUAUUGUGAUUGGUCUGUUUGCAUUACUCUUGCGGGAGCUCUUUAAGGAUGAAAACCUGUUUAUGCCAGAUGGGACUCCCUACAUGACUGUCUACUGGGAUAACAUUUGGCAUUUGUAUGUGUUGGUUACAACUGAAAAUAGUCCAGACAUAAUGAUGCCAGCCUACGACAAAAAUGCUUGGAAUGUACUCAUAUUCAUUGCUUACAUCAUCAUCUGUAUCUACAUCUUGAUGAGCAUCUUUUUGGCUGUAAUUUAUAAGAACUACAGAAAACAUCUAAAAAAUGAAGUUCAAAGGUCGGUGUUUGCCAAGAGACGUCAACUGAAUAGAGCGUUUGACAUUCUUAAAGUUUUUAACGGCAAUGAAUUUAUCAUACCUUGGGUACGGUGGAAGGUGGUCAUGAAGUUGGUAGUCCCUCAUCGAAGCGAAGUGUUGAUUAGGUUAUUAUGGGAUAUCAUUGAUGAGGAUGACGAUGGUCAGAUAGAUAAAGCUGAAUUUAUGCACGUGGUGGACCUAUUGAAUAUUGAGAUUUCCGAGGUUGCGGAUCGUAUUCCACUAAUCGGUAGAACUUUCCCACAAUGCUAUGAAUCAACAAUAAGUAGAAAAAUAAAAGAUUGUGUGAGAGCUCCAAUUUUCCGAUAUUUUUUUGAUGUUAUCAUCACAAUAAACGCAUUCUGCAUUGGCUUUCGAUGGGACCAAACCGAGUGGUUUUUCUUGACGUUAUUUACCUUAGAGAUCGUCCUCAAGCUGUACACUUUGGGAGGACGUCAGUUUUGCAGAAAACCUUGGAAUGUACUUAAAGAUCAAAGUGUAACUGAGGAUACCUUGGAUUUCUUGCUUGUUCUUAGAGUGCUAAGAUUGGUCAGAAUCAUUGCAGAAAUAGAAAGAUUUAAAGUCAUCCUGGCAACCGUUGCAAAUAUUGGGCCAUCAAUCCUAUCAUUCGGCGCUGUCCUGUUUGUUGUAUAUUAUGUAUUUGCCAUCAUCGGUAUGGAAGUGUUCGGAGGGCUUAUCACGCAUUAUGGGUACCCGGACAAAUAUGAUGAUCCAUUUCAAGAAUACUGCGGCAACAUUAAACUUAAGGGGUCUCUGUUCUAUCAUGAACAUUACUGCCAUAAUAAUUUCAACAACAUUAUCAAUUCUAUGAUACUACUCAUUGAACUCACAGUUGUUAAUCAGUGGCAUAUAAUAACAUCAGGAUUUGUAUUAGUUACCAACAAAGCUGCAAGAUUGUUCUUCAUUCUCUUCCACAUGUCCGUUGUUAUAGUCGUUAUAAACAUUUUCAUUGCAUUCAUUCUUGAAGUAUACAUGGUGGAGUUCUCAUUAUCAAGCAACAACUUUGAAUCGACAGUGGAGCGCCGGAUCAACGAACUUGGGCUUGGCGUUACAGAGAUAGCAGAAGGAAAGUUUGAAGCACAAAGUCCGAAAAAGACCGACCAAGUGGACCUGGUUGAUAACGGAGCACCAAUUGCAAGUGAGGAUGCACCAAAGAAUGGAGGACAAGAUACGACUGAGGGAAACGCCGGAGCCAGCAAUGAUGGCGUACGGUUUAGACUUAAGGGCAGAUCUAGAAACGUUGAGGUCGUCUUGCAGAGGAUGUUUGAAGGAGAGCUUGACAGCGAUGACUUGGGCCCAGCCAACGUAACGAACAUUGACGAUCUCGAGCCGGAAGAUAUGACUCCUACUCCCCUUACAUUUGAAAAUAUAACAUAGCAUCAUUGUCGUAUGGUUUUCUAUGUUACAUUACUAAAUGUUUUCGUAAACUCGUCCCCACAACCAGCAUUUACUUCCUCUCACUUAUGAGAGGGAUUCAUAGUAAUAUCUAUAUUAAUAAUUAUAAUUAAUAAUAAUAAUAAUUAUAAUUUUUUUUAUUAUGAGUAUUAUUAUUACUAAGAAACUGGUUCAUCUCCUCAUAGUAUUAAAAUGUGUUAGCUAGCCAUAAUCAUGUCACUAUAAUUUUUGAAGCAUAUAUAUUAUAUAAAACAAUCUUUAAAAGGAAAAAUUAAAAUAUUUAAAACUUAAUUUAAAUUAUAUGUUUCAUUUAAAUGAAAUAUUUAAGAAAAAUUAUAUUGCUGCUCUAAAUGCUGCUGAAUGCCAAUAAUACUUUAAUUAUUUGUAUAAAUGUGAUGAUAAUAUUCAGUAUCAUAUCAAAAAUGAAAAUAAGAUAAAAACAUAUGAUUUAUAUGAAUUGAGAUAUUAUGAUAAUGUGAAAAUUUAAAAAAACAUGUAUAAUAAAUGUUUUUAAUUUGAAAUAAGGUGGGGCUACCCACACAAUAGAGAAAAAAUCUAUAUUCAGAAAAUUACAUGGCUUUUAAAACAAUGCAAGUUACUAGGCUAUAGUCGAGCUAUAGGAAUGGAAUAUACAAAUUUUAAGUGAAUUUCACAGCCAGUGUUACCAUGUAAAUAUAUGAAAAUUGCAAUACCAAUAAUUGAUAUAUAAAAGAUAGAAUUUAUAAAUAAUAAUAUGAAUAAAAUGCAUUUAAAUUUUAAAAUAGAAGUUAAUAAUUUAUCAAUAUAUUUAUUU